AUGGACAGCGUGCUCACAACCUUGGGUGCUUCACCUGAUAAAUUCGCGAAUGUUACAUCGUCCUCCGUCGCCGUCAAAGAGGUCCAGCUCGGUUGUGCCAAGCUACUAAAGACGAUGGCGACUGCAAUUGAGCACGAGGUCGGCUAG